CCUCCAAAACUUGGAAAACUAGGGUUUUUGUGAGCUUUUAGUUCUCUGCUGUUUCAGCCUUCUUUCUCUCUCCUUCAUUCUAUCAACUCAAACUCUAACCAUGGCGGCGGCGGAUGUGGCACUCCCAGUCGAGACUCCCGAUCCGUUGGUGAAUGAUGUCAAGCUCUUCGGCCGAUGGACCUUCGACGAUGUCACUGUUCAUGACAUGGCUUUGGCUGAUUACAUUGGAGUGACUGCUGUUAAGCACGCCACAUACGUCCCUCACACUGCUGGAAGAUAUCAAAUGAAGCGUUUCAGGAAGGCUCAGUGCCCUAUUGUUGAGAGGUUGACCAACUCUCUCAUGAUGCACGGACGCAACAAUGGAAAGAAGCUUAUGGCUGUUCGCAUUGUGAAGCAUGCCAUGGAAAUUAUCCACCUUUUGACUGACUUGAACCCCAUUCAAGUUGUUGUUGAUGCGAUCAUCAACAGUGGACCAAGAGAAGAUGCUACUAGAAUUGGUUCUGCUGGUGUUGUGAGGCGUCAAGCUGUUGAUAUCUCGCCUCUCAGGCGUGUUAAUCAGGCAAUCUAUCUUCUUACAACUGGAGCUCGUGAGAGUGCUUUCAGGAACAUUAAGACCAUUGCCGAGUGCCUUGCUGAUGAACUUAUCAAUGCUGCCAAGGGUUCAUCCAACAGUUAUGCUAUCAAGAAGAAAGAUGAGAUUGAAAGAGUUGCCAAGGCCAAUCGUUAAGUUAGGGAUUAUGUUUAGCUUAAGUUUUUUGUCUCUUGUUUCUUGAAUUUUGGAUUAUAUGGAUUUUCUAUAAGAAUCAAAGCUGUACUAGAGCUUCUUUCAGCAAUGCGCACUCUUUAUAUUUAAAUUGAUAUACAUUUCUUUGGAACGCGUAUGUAGAGUUGAAUGAAUCUUCAGAUCAGUUUUAAUUGCGUGCUCUCCGUUCCUCUUGA